CCCGCGGUCCCGGCCGCCGCGCGCGCUGGGUCCCCAGCGCCAGGGCUCGCUGCUCGGCCGUGCACCCUUCACCCCCGGAGAGGCGGGGGGUCGCGGACUGGCGAGGAGGAGAGGGAAGCCCCGUUUCGCUCCCCUUUCUUUCCUGUCUCCCUCGGCAGGGAGGGGACGUGGGCGCACCGCUUGGGUUGCGACCUGAGGCCGUGGGGACAGGUCAGGUAAAAUCCUCCUGUGCCCACGGAAGAGAGACUGGUGAAGAAGGCACUAACUAAAUCAGGCUGGGUGUGGGGCCCUGGGGGCUGUUUUCUUUCCAGGUAUCCUAGCGUCUUUCUGCGGGGAGACCAUAAGAUGGAUAUCGGAUAUUGUAGCUUUCCGCGUGGACAACACCUCAACCUGGCUCUCCUUGCAGGGGAACAGAGGCGGGGUGUUUGCUGCUUGUGGAUUCUCGCGGUUGUGCCUGGCUCUGCGCUCCUGGGACAUCCCACUGAGACGCUUGGACUGCGUUUAGGAGCUUUCUUCCCUUCCCUCUCCACAACAGUCUUUGAGAUGGAGAGAACACCAUUUACCCAUGCUCCUGUCUCUCCAGUCGGCCGGCUUCUCAUGGAAGGGGCUUAAAGAGGAACAGGCCACAGCUGGGCUGCUGGCCGGGACUCCAGAGGCCUCACGCAAGCUGCUCCAUAGAGCCUGGGCUGAACUUGACUCUCCAGACAUCUGGGAACCCACUACUGGAUUGCAUUUUGGGAAAAGAGGAAAGGGCUCUUUGGGGGUCACUUCACGUCUUCCCUUCAGAUAGGAGCCCCAGCCUGCAGAGGGUCCCAGUGCCCAAGAGUCAGCCAAGAAGCCUUUCCUGUGUGCCUGGGAAAUGUGACCCUUUUCUGGUAGCACAGAGGGUGCUGGUACUGGAAGAGCCAGACAGCAGCCCUCCUGGCAGCUGCCAUGAUUUGAUGAGGGAUUCUGGGGGUCCCGCUGCUUUGAGAGCAGGUAUUUCCAUCUCUGUGUGACUGUUAGCAUGGGAAGAAGCAUUCAAAGUGAAAGUGGGCACCUUCACCUUCAGGAACGUUUGGAGCCGGGAACACACUGGACGCCCUUCCAUCCGGGCUAACUGAUGAGCAGCCAGACUUGAACCUGCCCUCCGUCCCAGCUUGCAGCCUCAGCCCUAAACUCAUACGCUGCACAUAUCACCCCACUGUUCUGCUCUCUAAGCCCCUUGGGCUUCCUGCAAGGUACAGACCAAUGAACUGUGCUCAGGCUUUUAUCUCCCCAGAUUCCAGGCUUUUCCCUGACCAAUGUAAGUGUUACCCAGUAAAACCUUCUCUGCCCCCACCCAGUACCUCCUCCACACAGGGGAGUGUACCCUUUCCCUCUUGACUUUUUAGUGGUUCUGGGUAAAUAUUGAUUUGCCCCCAGUUUACCUUCUCUCCACUAGCCAUUUGCAGACUAAGGAACUGGUCUCUGUAAAGACUUGAUUUUUGCGUUACUUUCCGGCCAUUCAUCCCCCACCCUCUCCCUUCCUCCAAGUGGCAUUGUAAAACUCACAGUGACAAAGAGACGGGGUAGGGUUCGAGGCCUCAGUUCCUGGGGACUUGAGGGCGGUUUUACAUACGGGUCAGGCACGGCUGGAGGCCAAGGUCAAGUUGAAAGUUGCAGUCUAGUCAGCGUGAGAGAGCUGCCAUGCAAGCCUGGAGACCACCGCAGCUGUACUGUGGCUGCUAAACGCCCACCACCCAUCUCCCCUCGCCCUUAAUUCCCUUUUCGUUUAGAAUUCUAGUUGCUGGCUGUUUGUCUAGCCAGGUUUUUCUCCCUCUGCCUUUGUAGAGUUUUUGGGGCAGUGUUUACGGACUCUUCUUCUCUGCCUCCACCCAGCUCUUGGCAGGGGCUUUGAGCCUCUUCUGUUUCUCAGCCAGACCCGGAAAAACGAAAACACGGCUUGGGAAGCCCCCAGCAACCGGCGCCUGUGCCAGCUCACCUCUGGCUGUGGCGAGGCUGCCUGUGCGCACUGCCGCCAAGGCCAGCUCACGUUCUUUCUCCCCCUCCCACUUCACUGGAGCCGGGAGCCUUGCAAGCAGAGACUGCCAAAGUCGACUGGUCCUUCCUCACCAAAAAUGGUGAGACAAGAUUUCGCCUUGUCCGCUGAGGAGCCACAAGCAGCCCUGAGAGCCCAGGGAUAUAAACAAAAGGCUGGGGAGACCCUCUUGCUGCUGGAAAUGACUCUGCCUGGGAUCCAGAGUCCAGAAAUGUUUGAAGCCAAGGAUUGUGGCCCCCGAGAAGGGCCUGGAGGAGGACUCCGUGACUCCCACCUCUGCUGACCCCAUUCACUCCACGAGCUCAAUUCCUGCCCUAAAUCCUGGAGGGAAAGCGAGCGUCGUCUCCUAGCUGGGGGCCUCAAGCGCUGCUGCAACCUGGGCUGCCUUUGCCAGCGCCUCUUCACUGGAUAAACCUGUUCCCGGAGAAUUCGUUGACUCUGAAUGAGUAUCUUAAAAUGCAGGCAAGAAAAGAAAGGAGACCACUUUCAGAACCUCUCCCCGCCCAACAUACCUGAAGUGCCAGCAAGGCCCGAUCAAACGGAAAGCGAUUUCUUCUAUGAAAAGCCGCCUCCUGGUCAAGACAGCUGUGGAAAACUUAAGGCCAUCUACAUGAGGAGGGGGAAUUUAAAACAAAACAAAACAAAAUAAUACAAAACAAAACAAAAUCAUUGAACACUUUGAGUCAGCAAGUAACAGGGGUCUUCUAAAGAAAAAUUAAGAUAUUUAUCUUUUGCCCCCUUGGGGAAGAAAAAUAGCCAAGGUUGGUUCCUAGGAGGAAAGAGACAGAUGGGGUGAGGAAAAGAAAAGAGGGGGCAACGUCUACCCCAGGCUCAAGGUCUCCAGACAACUCGUGGCGGUGGGUACGUUUUUCAGUAGCUUGUAAAAAAAAGUCUUUGGAGUCAGUUUGAGGUUAGCUGACAGGAACAGGCAGUUGUAAUAAUGUGGAGAGAAUCACGGCUUGUAAGCCGGCCUUCACACCUCCGAAAUGCAGUUGUAUAUUCUUUCAUCAGGGUUGGAUCGAGGCACCAAGUUAAGAAAACAAAAGUCAAAGCAACCAUAAAAGAAAAAUCAAACGCGUUUUCAAUGACCGAGCCCCGCUGGCCCUGCGGAACUCCUGCGCUCCUUAAGCUCUCUCUUUUCUUUCUGCGGAAUUCCAUUUGCAUCCCCUCUGACUGGGUGUCUCCCUCUCAGUGUGUGUGUCUCUCUGUUUUCACACUCUCCUCCCCAUUCGAGCGAGGCCCACACCUGGCGCAUCACUGCCGAGCCAUUAGCUGCGGGUCUCCUUUCAUCUCACUGUGGCAGACGUUUCUAUUUAUCCACUUGCGCUCGCCGAGUGGCGUCACCGGCGGUACUGUAAUGACGAUUGCAGCAGGAGGAUGACAGCUUAGAAAGAAGAGGGCAAUGGGGCUUCCUCCCAGAGGCGGUGCGGCACAGAGGAGCGCUCGCACCGCAAGGUGACCCCGGCUCCCCACCGCCACCCCGCCGUCUCCGUGGACACCGCGCGCCGGCCGCUCGGCUCCCGCCCUGUCGCCCGGCCUCUCUCGCUCCCUUUUGCAGCCAAGAUCUGUCCGACCGACCGCUGGGGUCCCAGGGAGCCGGGGGUCACUUGGGGCUCCCCCCUCCCGCCCGCGGAGCGCCCCGGGAUGGAGAGCCGCAAGGACGUGGUUAUGUUCCUGGAUGGGGGUCAGCUUGGCACUCUGGUUGGCAAGAGGGUCUCCAAUCUGUCCGAAGCCGUGGGCAGCCCGCUGCCUGAGCCGCCCGAGAAGAUGGUGCCCCACGGCUGCCUGAGCCCGCGAGGCGGCCCUCCGGCUGCCCGGGAGCGCGGCGGGGGAGGCUCGGAGGAGGAGCCGCUCGAUGGACUGCCAGGCGGCGCCGCGGGGCUGGGCGCCGAGCCGCGGGCAGCCGGCGCGGCCAUGCUUGGCCCGGGACCCCCAGGCCCUCCUGCCGACGGCCUCUCUGGCCAGGGGCAACCCAGUAGCUCAGACACCGAGUCGGAUUUCUAUGAAGAAAUCGAGGUGAGCUGCACCCCGGACUGCGCCACCGGGAACGCCGAGUACCAGCACAGCAAAGGGCCCAGCUCCGAGGCACUGGCCAGCAGUCCAAACAGCAGCAGCGAGACCCCUAAGAGCAACGGUGGCAGCAGUGGCAGCGGGGGAGGCUCACAAGGCACGUUGGCCUGCAGUGCCAGUGACCAGAUGCGUCGUUACCGCACCGCAUUCACCAGGGAGCAGAUUGCACGGCUGGAGAAGGAAUUCUACCGGGAGAACUACGUAUCCAGGCCACGGAGAUGUGAGCUGGCGGCAGCCCUAAAUCUGCCAGAAACCACCAUCAAGGUGUGGUUCCAGAACCGGCGCAUGAAGGACAAGAGGCAGCGGCUGGCCAUGACGUGGCCGCACCCGGCUGACCCCGCCUUCUACACGUACAUGAUGAGCCAUGCGGCGGCCGCGGGCAGCCUGCCCUACCCCUUCCCGUCGCACCUGCCCCUGCCCUACUACUCGCCCGUGGGCCUGGGCGCAGCCUCCGCCGCCUCGGCCGCCGCCUCGCCCUUCAGCAGCCCGCUGCGGCCGCUCGACACGUUCCGGGUGCUCUCGCAGCCCUACCCGCGGCCCGAACUGCUGUGCGCCUUCCGCCACCCGCCGCUGUACCCGGCCGGCCCGGCGCACGGACUGGGGACCUCGGCCGGCGGCCCCUGCUCCUGCCUCGCCUGUCACAGCGGCCCCGCCAACGGGCUGGCGCCCCGGGCCGCUGCCGCCUCGGACUUCACUUGUGCCUCCACCUCGCGCUCGGACUCUUUCCUCACUUUUGCUCCCUCCGUGCUCAGCAAGGCCUCCUCCGUGGCGUUGGACCAGAGGGAGGAGGUCCCCCUCACCAGAUAAAGAGCCGCCCGCGGGCUGCCAGCUCCAGGAUGCCCAUGGGGGUCCCCUCGGGGACUCAGCUAGGCCCCAGCUGCCCCCAGUAUACCGAGGGCAGAGGAGAAGGCCUCAGAGGACCAGCGGGACUCAGCCUGGAGGAGUGGGAGGUCCUGGAAGCGGCAGUGCUGGCAUUUGGGGAGCAGGAGUGGGGAUGGGAAAGCUGAGGUUGAGAGAGCUCCCUUUGGGGCUCUUUUCACCGUUCUUCACCAGACCCACCAACCAUGGCUGGGGCUGAGAACGUGACCCCACACACAGCUAAACAAAACUUAGCAGCAAACAGCAACUUGCAUCCAGCCCCUUUGCCUCCCAUUCCCCCACCUCACAUGCCUCACCUGGGCCCCCUUUCUCCUGCCAAGGCCAAACACUGGAAAGGGAAAUUGCUGUGUCUCUGAACAAAAUGCUGUGUAUGCAGAGCAGGUAGAGAUUAAUCUUCACCAGCUUUUCCAAGACAUGCAAGCAAAGGGCUUGUGGAUGGCAGGGUACCAGCCCAUUUAGGGGAGAGGGCAAGAUGAUUUACUGCCAGAGAGACUCUUGCCUCUUGGCAAGGAAUCUGGGGGCUCUCUCACCUUCCUGAAACCUCAGUUACACAGCAUCUUCUGGUUCUGACAUCUACCAGCACCUGAUCUUUCUCCUCACCCCAGCUUUGUGACAACUCUGCAACUUGCUCUUCUAGCCCUCCUCCCUCUACUUUUUGUUUGACAUUGGCAGGGAAGCUGCAGCCGCCCCAGGGUCCCUCGGCAGAGGCCAAGCCUCUUCUCCCAGGACCCAGCACACACCCUGAUUAGCAAGUGAUGUGUUCGAGGAGGCUUUCUGAAUGCUGAAUGUGUGUAUAAUAAUGAUCACCACUUGGCUAGCCAUCAAACCCAGAGCUGAGCCGUUAACAAGGCGCCCAGGGAAGAGCUUAGGAGCCUGGAAUUCACCUUCUUCCCCCAGUAUCUGGUGGCAGACUGGAAGCUGUUGUCAUCGUUUGCCUGGUCGCCAUCACAUCGCCAGGAGCUUUCUGCCCCUUCCCUUUGCACUGGCAUUUACAUCCUUCUCUCAAUUUCCUCUGAAGUUGCCACAGAGCCCUGGGGCUGGGGGAAGCCUGUCUCUCUCUCUCACUGGGGUUUGUUUGGGGUCCAUUCCCAAACUGACACGCCCAUACUCUUUCUUGCAGCCAGUUUUUGAGGAAAAGGAGAACUUUUACCCCCAGUGCAAGCUUCACCCCACUGGGAGGGCGCGAUUCUUCCUGUUGGGAAUGAAUUUGGUUUGGUUUGGAGUUUUCCUUUGAAGCCCAAAGAAUUUGCUGUUAUGAUUUGUUAACCAUAUUGCAAUAAAAGCUGGACAUGAUUCUCA